UAUUAAAACAUCAAUCUUAAACUAAAAUAAAUGUCUAAUUAGUGAAUCGUAAUACAUGUUUGACGCACUACUAAUCAUUUACUUUUUUCAUUUGUCAUUCAUAAAAUCACGUCAAUAAGUGUAACUGUUAUAAAAUGUGGUUAAGUUACUAUAUUCAAUGUAAGAUAUUUUAGAAAUAAAAAAUAUAUGGCUGUGAAGUAUUCGUUUAUAAUUCUUAAAGCCCAAUCUGAAGAAAAUGAAUCGUUGGAUCCUUACAUUGAUUUAUUACAAAAAAAAGGCUAUGAGGUUCAUUUUGUUCCUACAUUACAAUUUGAAUACCAUAAUUUAGAUGUUCUUAAAAAGAAAUUAAACCAACCAAUGAACUAUUCUGGUUUAGUUCUUACAAGUCCAAGAUGUUUACGUGGAGUAAUGAAAUCCUUAAAAAAUGAUAAACUGGAUGAAAACUGGCAUCAAAAGCCUAUAUUUGUUGUUGGUGAAACAACUUCUCGGCUAGUAGUUAAUGAAUUAAAUCAAGAACCAGUUGGUGCUUAUAGUGGAAAUGCAAUGUCAUUGAUACCAAUUCUUUCAAAAUAUGAAUUGACUAAACCACUAUUGGCUCCAUGUGGAAAUUUAAAUCUUAAUAUAUUGUCAGAUAAUUUAAAAUCAAUAAAAUUAGAGAAUGUAGAAGUGUACAGAACAAUUUCUCAUAGCAAUUUAGAAAACAACUUAAGAACAACACUUGAUCAGAUACAUAAUGAAAUAGGAUUGAUUUUUUUUAGUCCCUCUGGUUUUCAAGCAUCAAUCAAAUUAAUACCUGAAAACUAUCUUAAAAAAAUAGUACUAUUUUCCAUUGGGCCAACAACUGCUUCUGCUAUUAAACAAGCUGGAUAUAUUUUAUCUGGCAUUUGUGAUAAACCAAAACCUGAAUCAAUGUUGGAUAUGAUUGAUAAUUAUAUGAAAUGCCAAGUUUUGUAAGACUUUGUUAAUCAAAAUAUUUUAGAAUAUAUGAAAAUAAUAAUCAUGCUCACAUAAAAAUAAACAUUUUAAAGCUAGUAAUGUAAUUGAUUUUUAUUUUUAUACAUGUUUGUAACUUAUGUAUAAUAAGUUAAAAAUUGAUAAAUAAAUUUGGAUCAUGACUAUUCUGUUGAUAUAUUUAAUAUUAUUUCUAUAAUACAAUAGAAUGUAUAUCUUUUAACAUUACAAAAAUUAAAUAUAUUUAUAAUUUCUAUUGUUUUUAUAUUUAUUUAUACGGACAAAUUUCCAAUUUGACAUACAUUAAUAAAUAACAAAAAGUAUUUAAUUUAAAUGGAGGAAACGGAUGAAGUUUUUGAUACUGUAAUACGCUAUGGUUUGUAUUUUGUAGCUAUUUUUCAAUUGGUGUGUAUAACAACUGUUUUUUUACUAACAGAUCAAUCAAAUGAAAAUAAGGACAAUGGAGAAGGUAGCGAAUAUGACUCUGAUGGAAGUACAUUUGCAUCACCUCGUCGGCCAUAUUCUCAUCACAGAUCAAGAAAACAAGACAAAAAAAAAAGAAGAUAAUUUGACAAUUUAAUUAAAUAUGUACAAAAUUGAAAAAAGAACUCCUCUUUUUUAUGUAUUUAACUCAUGUUCCUUUUAUUUUGUGUUCUUUGGUAUUUAUUUUUUUAUUUUCUUGUUUAAAAAUGUGUAAUUUUAUAUUUUACUUUUUGUUUAUCAAAGCUUUCAUAAAAUCUUGCAUUUUUUCAUA